UUUCUCUCGCUCUCUAUCUCUCUCAAACACUAUGGAAUCCCAAACAAAGUUCGAUUAUGAAAGUCUUGCGUUCACAAAGUUGUCUCACUCUCAAUGGACUGAUUACUUCCUCUCUGUUCCCAUCGAUGAUUCGGAGUUAGACGCUAUUACAAGAGAGAUUGACAUAAUCAAGCCUGAAGUUAGGAAGCUCCUAUCUUCCAAAGGUGAUGAUGAGACAUCAAAGAGGAAAGUGCUUUUGAUCCAAUCGCUUCUUAGCCUUGGCCUCGCAUUUCAUUUUGAAAAUGAAAUCAAAGAUAUAUUAGAAGAUGCUUUUCGAAGGAUAGAUGAUAUAACUGGUGAUGAAAAUGACUUGUCUACAAUCUCCAUCAUGUUCCGCGUUUUCAGAACAUACGGACACAAUUUACCAUCAAGUGUAUUCAAGAGAUUUACAGGGGAUGAUGGGAAGUUUGAGCGAUCUCUCACGGAAGAUGCUAAAGGAAUACUUAGCUUGUAUGAAGCGGCACACUUGGGAACAACGACAGAUUAUAUAUUGGACGAAGCGUUGGAGUUUACAUCGAGCCACUUGAAGUCUUUAUUGGUAGGCGGGAUGUGCCGGCCUCAUAUCUUAAGGCUUAUAAGAAACACACUUUAUUUACCUCAACGUUGGAACAUGGAAGCAGUAAUUGCAAGGGAAUACAUUUCGUUCUACGAACAAGAAGAAGAUCACGAUAAGAUGCUACUCAGAUUAGCUAAGCUCAAUUUCAAGUUAUUGCAGCUGCAUUACAUCAAAGAACUGAAAACUUUUAUCAAAUGGUGGAUGGAGCUAGGCCUUACAUCUAAGUGGCCAAGUCAAUUUAGAGAGAGGAUCGUGGAGGCUUGGCUAGCUGGAUUGAUGAUGUAUUUCGAACCACAAUUUUCUGGUGGAAGGGUUAUUGCAGCUAAGUUUAACUACCUCCUUACCAUUUUAGAUGACGCUUGCGAUCACUAUUUCUCUAUUCCUGAGCUUACAAGGCUCGUAGAUUGUGUGGAAAGAUGGAAUCAUGAUGGCAUUCACACACUAGAAGAUAUAUCGCGAAUUAUCUUCAAACUUGCGUUGGAUGUUUUCGACGAUAUCGGAAGAGGAGUGAGGUCUAAAGGAUGUUCCUACUACUUGAAGGAGAUGUUAGAAGAGCUCAAGAUACUUGUGAGAGCAAACCUUGAUCUUGUCAAAUGGGCACGAGGAAAUCAGCUGCCUAGCUUCGAAGAACAUGUAGAGGUUGGUGGGAUAGCACUUACCACAUAUGCAACGUUAAUGUACUCUUUUGUUGGAAUGGGAGAGGCUGUCGGGAAGGAAGCUUAUGAGUGGGUAAGAUCGAGACCAAGACUAAUCAAAUCUCUAGCUGCAAAGGGUCGUCUGAUGGACGAUAUAACUGAUUUCGAGAGCGACAUGAGUAAUGGGUUUGCUGCAAAUGCGAUCAACUAUUAUAUGAAGCAAUUCGUAGUUACCAAAGAAGAAGCUAUUCUAGAGUGUCAAAAAAUGGUCGUAGACAUCAAUAAGAUAGUAAAUGAGGAGCUACUAAAAACAACCACCGUGCCACGUCGAGUUCUCAAGCAAGCCCUCAAUUUUGGACGCUUAUUGGAAGUCCUCUACACCAAGUCCGAUGAUAUAUACAAUUGUAGUGAAGGAAAAUUGAAGGAGUAUAUAGUCACCUUACUCAUAGAUCCCAUACAUCUUUGA